AUGAAUUUUCUCCCAUCAGGUCAGCUGUCUGCCUCAUUGCCACCACCACCUCCAGGAAGGCCAGAGGUUGUGGUGCAGCUGAUUGAGUCCAGGCUUUUCUGUAGGUGUGCUUUUGAUGUUUCCCCUACAAACAACUCAGUGGGAUUUCUCAUAGCUUGGUCUAGGUUUUCUUCUCUAGAAAUCAAAGAGGAGCUGAAACAAGAGACCACAGUUCAACCAUCCUCUCUUUUAGAACUGGAUGACAUCUCCAGACUUGGAGACAAGAUAUUUUGUAGUGCUUCCAUCUUUUUCUUGGAGAAACCACAUGUACAAAGUUUAGCCAUUGAAAGCCGAGAAUUUUUUGCAGGCAUUAAGUUACAACCUGAACUGAACACUGUAUCAGAAGAUGGGAAAGAAUACAAGUUGAGGAUAGAGAGCACAAUUCCUAUCAUUUGUCCUGAAUUCAGUGAGCUUGAUCAGGAGUGCAAAAUCUCAUUAAAACUGACAACUGUUGAUCAAGGUAAAGAACAGCUAGGCUUAAAUUUGUCACUAUCUUCCUGUCACGUGGACCUUCACCAGACAUCAUCCUGUGCUAACGGAACCUGCAGCAAUGCUUUUGUGUACUACUCUGCUGUAACAGAUUUUUCUCAAGAUGGAAAUAGAGUCACAAAUAUUGUAGUAGAACCUAUAGUUAAUGAGGAUUUCCUAUGGAACAGCUACGUUCCAGACAGCAUCCAGAUCAGAGUAAAGGAUGUCCUGACUACUUACUGCUAUUCAUUUACUGAUCCACAUAUAAUUACCUUUGAUGGCAGAUAAUUUCCUGUAAGUUUUUUCCUUUGGAUGUAUGAUAACUUCAAGACUGGAACAUUUGUGCUUUACAAGAGUAUGUCGCGUGAUUUUGAAGUCCAUGUAUGUCAGUGGGACUGUGGAAGCCUCCAUUAUCCUGUGUCAUGUAACUGUGGCUUUGUUGCCAAAGAAGAAGGUGAUGUAGUUACUUUUGAUAUGUGCAGUGGUCAGCUACAUGAAUCACAGCCAUAUUUAUUUGUAAAGAGCCAAGAUGUAACCAGCACUAUCAAGAUAAGUGAAUCUUACUUAGGAAGAAAAAUCUGGUUUUCUUCUGGAGCAUUUAUCUGUGCUGAUCUUAGGGAGUGGAGCAUGAGUUUAACAAUCAGAGCCCCUAGUUUAGAUUACAGAAACACUUUGGGACUUUGUAGCACCUUUGAUGAAAACCCAGAAAAUGAUUUCCAUGACAAAAAUGGGAUCAAGGGCUUCCCUGGGAUCAAAAUUGAUCAAACUUUUAAUAAUUGUGUUGCUUUUAUUAAUGAAUGGAGGAUUUUACCAGGAAAAAGCAUGUUUGACACAAUGCCAGUUUCCCUGCCAUCACCUAGAAAACAAUCCUAUUGUAGCUGUUCAUUGGACACUACUUCAUUGUAUCCAUCUUCUAAUCAUCUGGAAAGUGUUUCUCAAUCAGAGAUUGUUUCAGCUUGCAAAGACCCCGAACAUGUCAAAUUCCCUUCCUUGAUACCAGAGCUAGAUGUCACCUCUGAAUAUAUUAAUUCAGAAGCUCCUGUCAGAGGAAUAAACAAGCAUACAUCUCGAGAAAAAAAUAACAAAAAUUUGGAUUUCUUUCCUCAAGAAAAAAAGCAUGUGAAUCUAACCAAUCUGGACUUAAAUUUACAAAAACAUCCUGGGAAUGAGAGACAAGAUGCAUCAAAAACUUUGGACAAGGGGAGACAUACACAGGGCCAGGGUAAUCACAGCCAAGAAACAAGGUGGGAUCGACAAAACAGAUGCAAACAGCAAAACUUCAGUGAGUUUCUUCCUUUGCUUGCUUUUCAAAGUCUCAGCCAAAGUGACCUAGAAGAGUUUACUUACUUUUUCCCUGAGGACCAUACUGAGGAUGUCCACCAAGAGUUUGUCCCCACGUGGCCCACACCAUCUGGCCACACCGAAUACAGCACAUCGGCACUAUGUCAGCACACUCUUGCCAACUCCAACAUAGGAAUGCACUGUCUUGCCUUUCUUGGCAAGAGACUAGACAGUGUGAUAGAGAUGUAUGUUAAGGAUGUUCUCCUAAAAGAUGAUCUUAGCUGGGCAGAAGCAGGUGUGGCCUUUUUAGAAAAUGAAUGUGAAAAGAGGAUUUUGGAAGAGGGGAAAUAUAACAGAGAAGAAUACAGCAAGUCAAUUAAAGACAUUCUCUUGUCAUUAAAAUGCCCCAAUUUAUGCAGUGGCCAUGGGUAGUGUAUGGAAUGGGGGUGUGCAUGCUCCCCAGGCUUUAUCUAUGAUUGCAGUGAUUCACACGACAAGGUUCCUGAAAUUAUAGAACUUGAGAAUGCUGGAUUGUGUAAUAUUCAAAAAUAUAACUGUAGGAUGGUGAGAGUUUUUGGUCAAGGCUUCAAAGAACCACCUUCAAUUAAAUGUGAAGUUACUAAACUGAAGUAUAAUAGCAGUAAAUGGGUCUUUGGAGAAACCAUCUAUGCACAUACUGUUUUUCAAAAUAGCAAAACUGUUGAUUGUCAGCUGCCCACUGAUGUUCAGCAGUCUGGUACUAUGGAUCUGAUGGGUGAGAAACCAAUUUGAAGUGGCAAAUAAAGAACUGCAUACAUCUUGCAAGUAUCUAAUGAUGGUUAUAGGUUCAGUAAUCCCCAAAUAAUGAUCAUAUAUGAUGGGGCUUGUCAAAUUUGUGGUCUCUAUGAAAAGGACUCAUGUACUGUAAAGGAAAAUGUUUGCAUUAUUGAUGGACUCUGCUACAUUGAAGGUGAUAAAAAUCCUCCCAGCCCUUGUUCGGUUUGUAGACCUAAAAUUUCAAAAUUUACUUGGUCAUUUUUAGAAAAAAACCAACCCACAGUGAUUCAAAUACCACAAGAUAAAUUACAGACAUUUUAUGGGGAGAACUUUAUGUACCAGUUCAUAGCCUUCAAUCCAGAAGGCUUUGACAUCUAUUUUACCUUGGACUCUGGUCCUGGAGGAGCAGAUGUUUCCUCUGCAGGACUUCUUAUGUGGAAAACAGAUUUACAAACUCCCCAACCAUUUACCCUACACGUUAAUGAUGACUGCAAUGCUGAAACUAGAGUCAUAAUUGAGGUGACUGUGAGGUCUUGUGAUUGCUUGAAUGGGGGAUCAUGUGUGUCCGAUAUUAAAUUUCCUCCACCAGCUGGAGCGUACCUGUGUCUCUGCUUGCCUGGCUUUCAGGGAGCUGAAGAGGAUGUCACUGAGUGCCAGUUGAACCCCAGUGGGCUUGGCAGAUCCAUUAGUGGUUUUCACAGUUAUUCUUGUGAUUGUCCACCUGAGUUCAAAGUUGAAACACAGUUUUUAAAUGAAUUUACUACACAUACUGUGGUUCUCACAAGGUCUGACAACAGUGUAACUAAGGAAGAGGAUGGUAAAAAUGCCAAUCAGAGGGAGAGGAAUGUUAAGCCAACUAAUGGAAAUGCCUCUAACAUUUGUAGGCAUCCAUGUGGAAAAAACAGGGACUGUGUUGCCCCAAACAUAUGCAAAUGUAAACCUGGUUACACUGGUUCUAACUGCCAAACCGCUAUAUGUCAUCCUGAUUGCAGAAACCAUGGAAAAUGUAUUAAGCCUAACAUUUGCGAAUGUCCCCCAGGACAUGGUGGAGCUACCUGUGAUAAAGAACAUUGUAGACCACCUUGUUAACAUGGUGGCACCUGCUUGGCUGGAAAUCUCUGCACUUGUCCUUAUGGUUUUAUAGGACCAAGAUGUGUAACAAUAGUUUGUAACAGGCACUGUGAAAAUGGAGGCAAAUGUCUUACACCAGAUGUUUGCCAGUGCAAGCCUGGUUGGUAUGGACCCACCUGUAGCACAGCUUUGUGUGACCCUGUUUGCCUCAAUGAUGGUUCCUGUAAUAAGCCAAACACUUGCCUCUGUCCAAAUGGAUUCUUUGGUGCACAGUGUCAGAAUGCUAUCUGUCACCCUCCCUGUAAGAAUGGUGGUCACUGCAUGAGAAAUAAUGUGUGUGCCUGUCGGAGAUGCCAAAAAAGUAUCUGUGAUCCCAUAUGCAUUAAUGGAGGAAAGUGCGUGGGACCAAAUCUUUGCUCUUGUCCUUCUCGCUGGACAGGGAAACAAUACAACACAACUAUCUGCUUUCAGAAAUGUAAAUAUGGUGGUGAGUGUAUUGCUCCUAGCAUAUGCCAUUGUCCUACGACAUGGGAAGGAGCACAGUGUCAAAUACCAAUCUGCUAUCAAAAGUGUCUUUAUGGAGGCAGAUGCAUACUCCCCAACAUAUGUUCUUGCCGCACUGGAUAUACUGGAGUCAAAUGUGAAAAGAAAAUACAGUCCGGUUUCAUUUGCUCACAGGGGGCCGCAUGCAGAAUCCACACACCCAGCACUUCAGACCGGAGUUCCCAGGGUCGAGUGCCUGCACCUGACACCUCAGCUUAG